AUGCAUACACUGCACAUCAAUUCUUCGACAAUCACUGCUUCUGGCAGGUCUCGGGACAAUGAUUUCGCAAGCCCAGAGGAGGUUCGUACAGCUUUUACAUGGGCCAUGUCAACCAUGUACCGGAAUGAAGUACCCCUCUACGGUGACUUGGUCCGAAUUGUUGAUGGUGUGAACGAAAGUAUACUUUCUGAGCAACCCAGUUCUACAAAAGAACGUCUUCUGUCUCAAAGACUAGAUGUGGAGAGACACGGAGCCAUUAGACUGGGAACUCCUUACGAAUUGAGAACCAUCGCUCGUCUUUUUUCCAUACUUGGUCUCAAGGCCGUGGGGUACUAUGACCUUUCUGUUGCCGGACUGCCAAUGCAUGCUACUUGCUUCCGCCCGGUCGACUACAAAUCGCUGGAUCAGAACCCUUUCAGAGUGUUCACGACCUUGUUGAGACCUGAUUUGAUUACGGACCCAGACACUCGCGAGCUUGCUUCCAAAUUGUUGUCAAAACGAGAUAUCUUCAGUCCCAAUCUGUUGGAUUUCAUCAACAAAGCCGAGAAGAAUGACCGGCUUUUGAAGAUAUCCAACGUGAGCGACUUCAUUGCUGAAGCAAUCAAGACCUUCAGCUGGAAACCAGAAGCGUUUGCAUCGGAAGAAGAAUACAAGCAGCUGGCCAAGAGCCAUCUCAUCUUGGCAGAUAUUGCCUCUUUUAAGAGUGCCCAUAUCAACCACUUAACACCCCGGACGCUGGAUAUCACCAGCAGCCAGCAACAAAUGAAAGAAGAAGGUCUUCGGGUCAAGCAUCGCAUCGAAGGACCUCCCCUGCGCCAAUGCCCGAUCCUUCUCCGCCAGACAAGCUUCCUAGCACUGGAGGAGAGAAUUCAAUUUCGCAACGGCCUAGGAGCUCUGGUGGAAGGAACCCACAGGGCUCGAUUUGGCGAAAUUGAGGAACGAGGCGCUGCAGUGACCCCGGCAGGUAGAAAGCUUUAUGAUGACCUGUUGGACGCAGCAAUGGAGAAAUUCGGCCAGAGUUUAGAUACACAGAAUCCUGAAGCAAUUGAUGCUGCUAUGGCUGAAGUAUUCAGAGAUUACCCUGACUCCUGGUCCGAGCUGCGGAAACAGAAUCUCAUUUACCGCACUUACCAUCGCACAAGUAAACAAGGAUACGACAUAUCAGGCUCUGAGUCGCUUGAAGAUUUGGUGGAACAGGGUUACCUGACGGCUGAGCCUAUCACUUACGAAGACUUUUUGCCUUUCUCGGCAGCAGGAAUCUUCGCGUCAAAUCUCGGCAACUCUCAACAAAACCGGCCUCAAGAGAAACCACUUUCUGACAAAGCGGGUUUAGAAAGUGCUUUGGGACACGUCACGCUAGAUGCUGACAAACUCUACCUCGAGAUUCAAAACGAGAGUAUAAAGAGAUGUGGUCUGUACUGCAAGCUUAAUUCUUGA